UACAAGGCAUAAGUCAUUUGAACAAUGGCGGCCACCACAAAACUGACGCUCGGAGUACAGUACCUCCUUUGGGGGACAAAAUCAUCCGUUUCGCUGGGUGCCAGACCUGCCGCACCUCUGCUCCAGUUCUCGCGCUGUUUCGUCCAGAGCUCCAGUAAGUUCCCCGUCCCGCCCAAGAGGCCGGCCAACGCCUACAUCCGCUAUGUCAACCAGAAGAUGCCAUCUGUCAGGUCACAGAACCCAGGAGCUGGGCAGAACGAGAUUGUACGCAUCUGUGCCUCGCUGUGGAAACAGCUGUCAGACAUCGAGAAACAGCCAUACGUGACAGAAGCAGCCGCAGAGAGAGAGAAGUACAAGUCUGAGUACGAGGAUUUCAAGUCGGACUUUACCAUUGAGGAGUGGGGGGAGUACCAGGACAGCAGGAGACAGCGAAGGCAGAAACUUAAGAACAGGAGGAGAAGGGAGGAGCUUCACCAGUUGGGUAAACCCAAGCUGCCUCCUCAUGGCUACGGGCUGUUUGUGAAGGACAUGUUGUCUGGAGGUUCAGGAAACAUGGCGCAACAGAUGAAGGACAUGAAGGGACAGUGGAAUAAUCUAGCUGAAGCUGAGAAACAGAAGUACAUGUCUGAAGCAAGUAAGGCCAAAGAGAAGUACGACUCAGAGAUGCAGGCCUGGGAGAAGAAAAUGGUGGAACAGGGAAGACCGGAACUUGUCAGGGGCUACAGGCCUAAAAAAACUACAGCCAAGAAGAAGAAACCAAAAAAGAAGACAAUAGCAACAAAGGCAGCCAAGAAGACAGCCAAGAGGACAACAGCAAAAUUAGCAGCUAAGAAGAAGCCAGGAAUGUUGUCAUCUCCUAGGUGGCCAUAGUGCCAAUGUUUAUGUCAUUACCUAGUAAGAUGUAACUCAAAGUAAACGAUAGCCAACUGACAUGACUGAAAAGCUUUCAGGAAGGGGUAGGGGGGGCAUGAGAGUAUUUUCUACUUGAGUGAAACUUGGGGCCAAACUAAACACCACAACUAAACAGUUGUCUAUGUUAUCAUUAGCUCUAAUGU